AAAAAAAAAAUUCCUCCCCCCCCCAUUAUUUCUUUCUUUUAUUUUCCUUCUUUUUUUCCCCUUUUUACAAAAAAAAAUUUAAAAGUAUAGAUGUCAUCGCUUGGAAUCAAUAACACAAUAGUUCCAACUAUCGUCACUCCCAAACCUACUUCAUCGAUUCCAAAGAUGCCAAAAAGUAAUCCAUACGUAUCAACUCAUAAUAGUUCACUAGCGAAAUAUAAAUACAUAAAAGAAGAAGGAGUUAUAACAAUUUAUAAUACAAAAAAUCCGAGUAAUAAUGGAUCACCAGAUUUAAUUCCGAAAUAUCAAAUCAAAGUCCCAACUUCUUCGGAUCCAAAUGUUUGUAUACAAGAUUAUUAUAAUAAUAGUCAAAUUUAUUGGAACGCUUUCCCAAGAUUAAACGAGGUUACUACUACAACUAAUAAUGAUACUACCAACACUACCACUAUUACUCCACUUCCAAAUAAUUCUGUCAAUAAACAUCAAUUUUUAGGAGACAAUUUAAAUGUAAAAAAUCAUAGAUUUAGUAAUUUAUCCACAGCUUCAUUUGACUCAGUUAGUAGCAAUGGAAGUGCAUGUACAUUUAAUAGUUCAUCAUCAUCAUUAUCAUUAAAUGGACUUAAUAAUAAUGGUAUGGACGGAAUAAACAAAUUGAUUAAACCUACUUCUACCUGGGAAAUUUCAAAUUUAUCGACUCCAAGUACUUUAGUGAAAUAUGAAAGUUUAUUAGGCGGAUACGUUGUAUCUUGGAAUGGUAGAAUGUUUCUUUGGAAGAUUGGUGGUACACCUAACAACAAUUCUACCGCUGGUUUUAAUAAAAAGAAUAGAAAUUCUUUUAUAAGUUCAUAUUCUUCCAAGAAAAAUACAAAUGUUUUCUCCAAUGGUUCUUUAAUACCUGGUAAUGAUGGAAAACAAAGUGAUUUAUAUUGUGUCGAAGGAUUAAGUGGUUUAGGUGCAAGAGUUGCUGAAUUUGAGAGAGAAACAAAUAUUCUUUAUAUUAAUGUAUCUAACAAAAUCUUAGACGCUGAUUCAUAUAAUAGUGCCAGUAAAAAUAAUAGUAAAGAGGAAGAAUUAUUAACUUCUUUUGAAUCAUUUAUUUUAGUAACUGGUUUAAUUGCCAAAAAUUCCGCUAGAAAAUUAAUUAAAAAACUUCCACACAAUCCUAAUGAUAAAUAUACCGAACCUCAUUUAUUUAAUUACUCUCCUUUCUUUAUGUUUUGUGGUUUCUGUACUUAGAUUGAGGAACUUUAUUUAAAUAGGGAAAAAGGAAUAUUCUUUGGUUUUUUUUUAUUAUUAUUAAUA